AUGGAACACUCUGACAACAGUUUUGGGUUCAGCCCUAGAGUCCUAUUAAAGUUCGGCGAUUACAAAGAGUUCAUGGAUUUGACAGAAAUCCUCACCCCUCGGGCUAAGACUUCUCUGGCCCGGCCAAAAUCCUUACCUCCCCCGGACAUGAAUGAUGAAGACUCUGGACUAGGGAUGGAUUUUGAUGAAAUGUUGGAAAACAAAGGAUUUUUGGUCCAUGACGAGACUGCAUGCCUCCCACAGACUGCAAAUAUCCUAAGACAGUCCUACAGUGUCCGAAGAUCUUUGUUCGAGAAAUCCAAGCGUCUCUUUGAUGGCGAUGACGACGGAUCAAUUACCAAGAAACCAAGACAAUCUCAGAAACCAUCUACGUCAUCGUCACGUGUUCUGAGCAAGUCACUGUCAUUUGGGAAUGCUGAGAACCUUUUCACACAUGACCACAUCAAGGAUCUUUUAACAUCCCGCACAUGCGCAGAGGGCGAAAGACAUAUCCUUAUAUUCCAUUGUGAAUUCUCUUCAGAAAGAGGUCCAAAAAUGUUCCUCCGAAACAAAGACAGAGAGCUGAACAAUGACCGAUACCCAUUUUUGAACUUCCCGGAAGUGUAUCUGUUGAAUGAUGGGUACAAAUGUUUCUACCAGACCCACAAGGAAUUAUGUGAACCAAUGAGUUACAAGCCCAUGCUUCAUGAAAACCAUGUCGAUGAUUUACGUCACUUCCGCUCCAAGUCAAAGUCCUGGUGUGCAGGCUCAAAGAAUAGAAAAAAUCAGCGUAAAAUUCUUUGAA